UUUCUCACCAAACAUUCUAGCAAUAAUUGGACCAAUAGUAACACCUACUCACCUGGGAUUAAUAUAAUGUAGUGUACAACUUGUUAAAGCAUCCAUCACAUUGUCCACUGCUAAACGGAGUGGUACGGUACACUUGAGAGUGAGCGGGGCCGCCAACCGACGGAAAAUGUGCUGGGCUCCUGCGAUUAUUAUUCCCAAUCUCAAAUCCAAAAUAAAAUAAAAAACAGAUAAAACUUUCUCCCAUCCAAAUCACUCCUUCAACAAACGGCCCAAAUCGACCAGGGGAUUUACAGAGCCGGGAAGAUAUGUUUGGAAUUCUAAGGCAAAGAGCAGCGUGCAGAGGCAACCCUGCUAAUGGUCUCGAGCAAGGAAUUCGAGUAAUUGCAUCCCGGGCAUUUUCUUCCUCAGCUAAGGAGAUGACUGUGCGUGAUGCAUUAAACUCAGCACUUGAUGAAGAGAUGUCUGCUGAUCCAAAAGUCUUUUUAAUGGGUGAAGAGGUUGGUGAAUAUCAGGGUGCAUAUAAGAUUUCCAAAGGGCUUUUGGAGAAGUAUGGUCCUGAGAGAGUGCUUGAUACACCCAUAACAGAGGCAGGGUUUGCUGGAAUUGGAGUUGGUGCAGCGUAUUAUGGCCUAAGGCCUGUAAUAGAGUUUAUGACGUUUAACUUCUCAAUGCAGGCCAUUGAUCACAUCAUUAAUUCUGCUGCAAAAUCAAAUUACAUGUCUGCUGGUCAGAUAUCAGUGCCGAUUGUCUUCAGAGGCCCGAAUGGUGCUGCUGCUGGUGUUGGUGCUCAACAUUCUCAGUGCUACGCAGCAUGGUAUAGUUCAUGUCCGGGGUUAAAGGUGCUGGCACCAUAUUCAUCUGAAGAUGCUCGUGGUCUGCUUAAAGCUGCAAUAAGGGAUCCGGAUCCUGUCGUCUUCCUUGAAAAUGAAUUGCUGUAUGGUGAAGCCUUUCCUGUUUCAGCUGAAGCUCUUGAUUCUAGUUUCUGUCUUCCUAUUGGCAAAGCAAAGAUAGAACGCACAGGAAAUGAUGUAACUAUCACUGCUUUCUCAAAGAUGGUUGGCUAUGCUCUUCAGGCUGCUGAGGUUCUUGCAAAAGAUGGAAUCAGUGCCGAGGUGAUAAAUCUUCGGUCAAUCCGCCCUCUUGAUAGAGCCACAAUAAAUGCUUCUAUUAGGAAAACCAAUAGACUUGUGACCUUAGAGGAGGGAUUCCCUCAACAUGGUGUUGGCGCUGAGAUCUGUGCAUCUGUUGUUGAAGACAGUUUUGAGUAUCUUGAUGCCGCUGUUGAGAGAAUUUGUGGUGCUGAUGUACCUAUGCCCUAUGCUGCAAAUCUUGAGAGGAUGGCUGUCCCACAGGUUGAAGACAUUGUUCGUGCUGCGAAAAGAACCUGUUACAGAUCAUCAUCAAGUGCCCUGGCUGCAACUGCUUGAAGGUAUCAGGAACAAAAAGGCUUAUGUUGUUCCUGUAUAGAUUCUCUGUCUUAAAACACAUAUUCUUUGAAGACUUGUCUGCUUAACUUUCUCGGCCAAUGAGUAAUAUUAUGCUAGUUUGACAAAAACAUAUAACGUGCAAAAUAAGUUUGGCAUAUGCUUUUCUCUUGGCGCUCUUUGAAAAUGUAGUUUGCAUAUUUGGAGUCAUUAUGUAAUAAUGGCGGAUUCAAACAAAUUUCGAAUCAAGGAAAAAGCAAGAGCAUUGGUUCAAGUGUUGCUCAUUUGGCAGAUGUUAUUUGCAAGUGCCUUUUCUUCCUUCUAUGAAACAGUUGCCUGUCAAAACAAUUAAACCACAAAUGAGGUCUAUUAAGCAGAAUAAUGAAUCAUUAAAGAUUGAAUUGUUAUUGAGCAUGUUGUUUUUCUGCAGGCUUGUUGGUUCUUAUUUAUGAGAUUGUCUUAUUUAUGAGGUUGCCAAUCGAGCAAAGUUCAGGUUGCAUGGCUUCACAAAACUGAGUCAAUUGGAAGUUACACUAGAAUAAUUGCAAACUAAACUAAAAUUCAUGAAAAAUGAAUAAUGUGAAGCCUUCCAGUUCUGUUUAUU